AUGGAACAGGAAUAUAAUCGAAAUCCCAAUAAAAAAAAGACCCUGCCAAGUAUGAUAAAAUCUUUAAAAAAGCUCAACAAAAAGGGUAAAACGUAUUGUCAGAAUGCUGGGUGCAAUAAGGUAACAAACGAGGAUUACAAUUAUUGUAGUGAGACAUGUCAUUUGGCAUCCAAUAAAAACGAUGGGGAAGACGAUUUAUACCUAUCGGAACCGACCUGGUCUUCGAAAAGGUCAGAAAAUAAUACCUACAUGGACUUCUACGCAUCCAGCUCCCCGUCAGCUUCAAGGGAUAAUUAUUCAUAUACUUCGCAGUCGCCUUUGUACUCGAAAACACUGUACUCAAACACGCAACCCAUCUCCAAAUUGGAUUCACCACGAAAAGAAUUAAUAGAAGAUUAUCCUAUUUGGUAUAACUCUUCUAUGGAUACGAUGCAGAAAUCGCGGAAAACCGAUUACGACGAUGAUCUUUAUUCAUUUCCAAGUAAAGCUUCAGAUGGUGAAAUCGCCUGCCCAACUUGCACAUAUUACGUUCGGUCAAACCAAACCGUAUGUGAUUUGUGCGGCAGCUAUAUUAAAAAAGACACACCAAAAGACAAUCGAAUUAAAUAUGAUGAUGAUGAUCUUUAUGGAGACCUCCCGGUUAGAUCACAUUCACCGGCAGAUGACUUGUACGGCACCUAUAUUAAAAAAGACACAGCAAAAGACAAUCGAAGUAAAUAUUAUGAUGAUGAUGAUCUUUAUGGAGACCUCCCAGUUAGAUCACAUUCACCGGCAGAAUACACAAAACAAGAAAGACAACAGCUGCCAACUCCUCCACCCCAAACAACAGAUGAUUCUAAGCAGAUUCCAUGUUCAGUUUGUAUGUAUAUGAAUCAUCCCCUAAUGGUUAAUUGCGAGAAAUGCGACGAGGUAUUAUUAAAUCAUUACCCCGAAGAAUCUUUGGAGGAUGGAUUGAUCCUUGCACAAAUAGCUGCCGAAGAAUACGAAGAAACAUUAAUCGAGUUCAAAGUUCUAUGCUCGAUGUGUUCUUUCCUAAACGCGGGCCACGCGGCUCAAUGUGAAAUGUGUUAUGCGCCCAUCAGCGAUAGACCCGUGAACGAAGAUACAGAAAUGGUACAAUGCACACACUGUACAUACAUGAAUAAUUCGUCAAUAUUAAAUUGUGAAUUAUGCAAUGAGGAAUUGCCGGGGGCCGCCGAAAAGAAGAGGCAGUAUGAAGAAUUUUAUAACGCCCGUACACGAAUGACAAUUUUAAAUCCAAAGGAUAAUGAAUAUGUUAAAGUGCAGCAAAGAUUCCUCAGAGGAAUUCCCAACGCAAGGAUACAAGCCAUUAUCCGGAUGAACAUGCCAAGGAGGCUCGUCGACGCUCACGAAAGAUAUAAACAAGCUACCAAGAUGACAGUUAAUGAGAUGUUUCACGGAACCAUUGUUGCAUGCAACGCGGAGAGAUAUUAUAAGGACAACAAUACCGAAGUAAAUUUUUGUACAGUAAAUUGCGGACUUUGCGGAAUAAGUCAAAACGGCAACCUCCGUAACGUUAGCAAGCAUGGAGGACGAAUGUGGUUUGCGAGACACUCUUCCAUUUCUCUUGGAUAUUGCGGUGCAGUACCAAUUAAAGCUAUGUUUUCUGUCGAAAUAGUCGCCAAUAACAAUCAAGAUAUUAUUAUUGUUGACAAAGAAGAAGCAACACUUGUCAAACAUUUAAUUUUAUAUCAAGUUUAA